AUUCCAGCAGAUCAAAGCCAGCUUUCGUUCAUGAAUCAUUGCUGUUAUGGAAACCCGAAGCUGCAGCAGUUACAAGGCUUUGUGAAAGGGAGAACAUGGCUCCUUGGUUGUUGGAAUAAUGGAGCAGCAGCAGAAAUGGCCAGAUCAGCGAGCGGCAACAGCGACAGCAACGAUACCGUGUCUCCCCAAGACCGGGCUGAGGUUCGGGAGCUGUAUGACCCAAAGGAGCUGUCAUUGGAAGAAGUGCUGAAAUCAUACGAACAGCCCAUUAAUGAAGAACAGGCAUGGGCGGUGUGCUACCAGUGCUGCCGGGGAUUAAGCCAGCUCCUCCCGGGAGAGGACCAGUGUGAGUUCGGGAGAGUCAAGGAUCCUGGAUCCAUAUUGUUGCACAAGGAUGGUGCAGUCACCUUGUAUAGGGAUCAAAGCACCCAAGAUGCGAAAAGGAAACACUCUGAGCAAGCAACUUCAGACGGGCAGAUUGUGCAGUCCCUGGGCUUCGCCAUCUACCGUGCGCUGGACUGGGGCCUGGAUGAGAGCGAGGAACGGGAGCUGAGCCCCCAGCUGGAGCAGCUCAUCGACCUGAUGGCUAAUGGGGAUAGCGAGGGGGGCAGCAGCGGCACUGCAGACGAGGGCUACAGCGGGCAGGAGGAAGAGGAGGAGCCGGAGUCAGAGGUCCCGCCCCGCACUGUGCGCUCCUUCCACCAGGUGAUGGCAGUGUGUGCUGCCCGACUCUCCAACCCCUCUGAGGCCCAGACCCACUACCAGGCAGUCUGCCGAGCCCUCUUCGUGGAGACCUUGGAGCUCCAGACCUUCCUCAUCAAGAUCAAGAACGCCAAGGAGAUGCUGAACAAGAUCCGAGAGGAGGAGAACCCUGACGCGGGACCCACAGCUGAGUUAGACAAGCUCAGGCACACAGACUGGACGCGGCUCUGGGUGCAGUUGAUGCGAGACCUGCGGAAUGGUGUCAAGCUGAAGAAGGUCCAGGAGCAGCAGUUUGACCCGCUGCCUACCGAGUUUGAGCUCACCCCCUUCGAGAUGCUCAUGCAAGACAUCCGCGCCCACAACUUCAAACUGCGCAAGGUCACGGUUGACGGUAGCAUCACAAAGCGGGUAAAGAAGGAUGCGCACGAACGCAUCCUGGAUUUUAUCAGAUCUCGACCUCCAUUAAAACCGGCGUCUGAAAGGAGACUUCGGCCACUGCCUGAGAAGGAGCACACCCUCCAUGAGAAAAUCCUGGCAGGAAUCAAGCAAGAGAGGAAGCUGCGACCAGUGGAGUCCCCCUGCAAGAACAGGAGAAACUUUGGCUCCCUGCCCUGCAUUGUCCAGGUCUGCUCCAGUGAUGUGACGUCCACCUCUUGCAUUGACCUCUCCAUGCCAGAGGGUGCUGCCAGAGCACCACCGCAACGCCCUCGGGUCCUGCUCAAGGCCCCGACCCUGGCUGAGAUGGAUGAGUUGAAUAUCUCUGAGGAAGAAGAGUCUCCGAACGGGGAGAUGAGGAGGGUGGAGAGUUCGCCGGUGCCUCUGAAGCGCGACCACUCCUUCUCUGAGCGAGACCUGGCCCAGCUGCAGAGCGAGAUGGCACAGUCACAGUCUGCAUCGGCACACCUGGCUGGGAGAGGGGAACGGACGCGCUCUGGCAGUGUGGGCCUCUCAACCAGGGAUGCAAUUCACUACAGGGCUUCUCUCCCCGCUGGUGGAGCCAAGAGAUCAACAGCAUUCUCCCCUGGGAGAGGCUCACUUAGCUCAGUGGAGGAGAGGUCAGAGAGAGACGGCAGCUCUUUGUCCAAACACAGCUCCACAAACCAGUGGAUGGAGGAGUUCAGCCAUCCUGUGGAGAGUCUUGCUCUGACCAUCGAGGAGGUGAUCAACGUGCGCAAGGUGUUGGUGAAAGCAGAAAUGGAAAAGUUCCUUCAGGACAGGGAGCUGAGUAAUAAUCUGAAGAAGGGGAAGGUUUGUUGCUGCUGUCGAGUGAAGUUCCCAUUGUUUUCAUGGCCGUCAAGUUGCCUCUUCUGCAAAAGAAAUGUGUGUGGAUCCUGCAGUGUAAAGAUGAAGAUCCCUUCAAAGAAGCUGGCACACUUACCUGUUUACGCCGUGGGUUUUGAGAGCACUGGAGGCCGUCACUCCAAGAAGCAUGACAUCUAUCAGUCUCUAAGGAGUCUGAGCAGCCGGUCAGUUGAAGAGGAGUUCCCUCAUCUCUAUACCAACGGCUGCAGUCUGAAGGACACCUGCACUGAGUGCACCAAGUUUGUCGGUGAUGUCAUCAUCUCGAGCCGGAAGAGUUUGGACAUUCUGAACAGCACACCCAGAAAAGCCCAAUCCCUGCGUGUCCCUGCUGGGAGGUCUGCAAAGUAUAAAUAAACUCCUUUUCCACUCAGGACUUCAUUCAGCCAUCUCUGAACUGAAAAAGCAUAAUGUUCCUUUACCGGCAUGUUCUAAAUAAUGCAGUAUUGCCUGUGAUAGCUUCUCCUUCCGGUUCUCUCCUGAAGCACAUUCCUCAGCAUCUUGUCUGAAAGAACAGCUCUACAGCCAGCCAGGUAUGGCCUUGCAAACCCACAGAGUGUGUUGCCAUUGGCUUUGCAAAUCACAAAAUCAUUGUAAAGGUAUUUAAUGAAUGUGAUUGUGAUCCACAGCCACGUCUGAAAUAGGCCUUCUGUAUUGGAGUGGAGAGAGCAACAUUCUGCCUUGCCUGAACAAGUGCAGCUUGGAUUUAAAAAAAAGGGAACAUGCAAGGUAGUGAUUCACAAAAGGUGUUGGGAUGGUAAAAUAAGGACCUACAUCUGCUCUGCGACCCUGCAGCAUGGGAUUAUGAAGCUCCAGAAAUGUGAAAAAGACACUAACCUUUCUAUAUUGUCCACACUGAGACCUAGCGAAAUAUUCUUUAAAGCUUUAUAGUUCAUCAGGACUUCCAUCACAACUACCAUGGAUGUGGCUGGAAAUGUACAGUAAUUCCUGAUCAAAGAUUUGUAUGUAUAUAAAAAACAACACAUGUGUAUUGCUGCUGCUGCUGCUGCUGCUGCUGCUGCAAAAUGAAAGAAAAUGCAUCUCUAGUGUAAAGCAGAAGAAUACUGUUGGUUGUCUUUUUUAUGUGUAUAUAUGAGGAGUACCAUUUUUUUUUUUUAUCCCUCAGUAAACAAAAAUGAUGUACAGUAUUUGCGUUGGAGUUCUGCAAUCCACACCAGUAGCUGGUCUUUAAUUGACAGCAUGGGAAUGUUUUCAAUUUAAUAACGUAGCUCAACAGGGUAGUUACACAGGAGUGGUUGCAUUUCCAACCAUUGAAUUCUGUGGUUGCAGAAUUACAACAAGGCUACUAGAGCAUGAAGAGCCAAGUAUCCUUGAUUUUUUUUGGAGUAUGAGAUGGAUUUUCAUAAUGGCAGUAAUAACCUAGAUGUACCGAAGUGCGUUCUUUCGUUAUGAUUGCUUCCCAAGUUAUUUAAAAAAAAAGGGUUAACUUGUUUUUGUGUCCUGCUGCUCUGGUAGAGGUGACUUUAUCAUGUUGUGUUUUUUUUUUUGUUUUCCCCACUUGGUUUGUGUGUGUCAUGUUACCCUACAUUUGUUCUCAUGAGAAAAGAUUGUAUGCUAAAUUUGUGACGAUAGGGAAAGCUACCUGGCUUUGAUUCUCCAGUUAGUUGUAUUAAAAUGGUGCCAACAGCAAAAGGAUCAUCUUAACACGGAAUAAAAUGAAACUGCAGUAAAACUGCUGUAGUGUGUUGUGCGUAAUACAUGCUGUCAAUUGCUAUGGCAUGCAAAGAUUGAAGCAGAUUUAUUUAUUAUCCAGCCCAGGGUAAUAUGUAGUAAUGGUUAUUGGGAGUAACGUAUUGCGAGAUAUACGGAGGUGUCUCUCUGUAUAUCGUUUACAUUUCUAUAUGUAUAACACAAGUUAUUCCACACACUGUAAAUCAAUCACUUUGUACUUUUACAUUGAUACAAACCUCAUUUGCGUACCUUAUGACAUAUAGCUCUUCCACAGUGCUUCCCAAUUUAAACUAUUCCAUUGCCAUUUCUUCUAAAAUAUUCUGUACAUACUGUUGAUGCACGUCAUAGUCAUCAACGUUUUCGUCAUACUGAGGGUAAUAUAUUGAACUCGCAGCCAUGGUGGUUGAUAUUUUAUGUUGUUUUUUGCAUUAUUGUAACUUACAGUGGCCACUGACCGUUCAUGUCCAGAGUAUUGACUAGGGUUGACUUUUCAAAACCUUUCUAAAGAUUUUAACAACUUCAGCCUCCCCCUCUAAUCCUUCUUUGUUCUAGGCUAAAUAGAUUGUUCCCUCAUUCUAUCUCCACAACUCAUUUCAGUAAACCCUGGGAUUAGUCUGCGCCUUUCAGUCUGGCCGUUGUUUAGUAUUGCCCUUAAAUUUUGUUAACCUCUCACCUUUGAUAUAUGCUAUUUAGCUUGGCAGAAAAAAGUGGGAGAAAUAAAAAUCCCUUUCUUUUCUGUUUUGAGAUCUGAUCUUUGAUUUGUGGAACAGGAUGGCAGACCAGGGACCUCAUUGAAACUAAUAGCUCUGCAGCUAUCUCUCAAAUCUAAAUCAGUAUAAUAACUGCAGCGAUUUUGAAAGUUUGUAUCAUUCUGACAACUGUGCUGUGGACUCGGGUUAGAGUUGAGACCAAGCUGAGAUCUGAUUAAUCUUAAGUGAUGCGUUUUAGCUUAAAAGAGACAGAAGUUUAUAACGAGUUACCCUCGUCUCUAUACACUGGAAAUGCAUUUAAAGUAAUUGUUUAUUUUCAAAGGGUUUCCUCCAUUCUUUAACUCCUAUUUUGUAAAAGGAGAAAAAAAAAUCAUGUUAGUAUUACAGGCAUCAAAUGUGGACUUUCAUGCAGGGUCAUGAGGACAUUCCUAAUUAACGUGCAUGAUUGUAAGUUCGGUUCAAUACCUACAGGCCCAUAGAUUUCUAAGAAAAGUGAUCCUAUGGUGUAGUAUACCAUGAAGAGGUUUAUUUUUUAAAUUGCCAUCUGGGGAACUGUUCUGUUUUAGAAAUACCAUGGAUGCCUUUUUCCAAAGGAGGGACAAUCUUAGCUAAUGGUCUAGUGCCCCUUUGUGGAUAUUAAAAUUGUGUCAAAUUAGAGAACUGGAAUUUUGUUUAUUUAUUGUUUAUUUAGCAAACACCUUUAUCCAAGGCGACUUACAGAGACUAGGGUGUGUGAACUAUGCAUCAGCUGCAGAGUCACUUACAAUUACGUCUCACCCGAAAGACAGAGCACAAGGAGGUUAAGUGACUUGCUCAGGGUCACACAAUGAGUCAAUGGCUGAGGUGGGAUUUGAACUAGGGACCUCCUGGUUACAAGCCCUUUUCUUUAACCACUGGACCACACAGCAUUGCCAUACUCCUGGGGCCGGGUUUUGAAAACUUUUGUAAUCAGAUUUCCGCGUUUGAUCUGGAUUAUAUUGUGCAAUUGGGUUUUUCAAAACAUCGAAAUGCGAUCGGGAUUACUGUGAUCCGGAUUUCGUUUUGGUAGUCAGAUCGUACUUUUAAUCACGAUUUAAAUGUUGCAGUUGGGUUUUUCAGAAUUUAAAGAGGAGAUCACGAUUACUUUGAUCCAGAAUACCUGGAGUAUCCUACUGCGGAGGUGCUUUUAAAUUAUCAUAGAACAUCAAUAUUUUGUUUUGAAUUGUCACAGCAAACACACACUAUAUGUACAUAGUGUUAGAAUAUAAUAUUUACAUAUUUAUUUGUUUUGUGUCCAUGCAAGAUAAAAGGAAAACACGCAUUUAGUGGUGUAUAGCUUUAAUAAAAAAGCAUAUGCAUACGCCUCCACAUACACCUCCUUAAAACUCGUCUGAGAGAUGCUGGACUCCCGACCGAAGAGGAAGAGGAAGACGAUGAAGAUGUCUAAAAACACAUAUCCUUUUUUUUGUUUUUCAAACGUUUUAUUUUUAUUCAGUUUAGAUGUAGUUAUUUAAUUUCUGCUAAAUACAUAAAAUAACCAUUAUUUGCUUGUGUUAUAUGUGCACUAACAUUAAAAGUGAUUUAGAUUUUGUUAAAAAUAUAACAUACAACACAAUAGUUAUGUAUGUCAUUAUUACCACAAUCUUAUUUAUUUUGUUAAAUUAGGUUAUAUAUUGUUAAAUUAGGUUAUAUUAUAAACGGGCAGCAGUGUGGAGUAGUGGUAAGGGCUCUGGACUCUUGACCGGAGGGUUCAAUCCCAGGUGGGGGACACUACUGCUGUACCGUUGAGCAAGGUAGAUUGCUCCAGUAAAAACCCUGUAUAAAUGGGUAAUUGUCUUUAAAAAAAAAAAAAAAAAAAAAAAACAA